CGAACCAAAAACCUUGAGAGGAAAGAAGAGAGGAAGAAAUUAAAGAGAGGGAACCCAGCUCCUGCGGGUUGUGCUAGAGUAAUCAAGGUAUCCGGAAGCCAACUACGAAGUCAGAAUCACCUUUGGAGGUUCGUAGAAGCUCAUGGGAGGCUCGUCGGAAAGUUGCGUCCGAGGCCCCGGCGUCGUCGAAUUCAACAAAACUCCAAAAGUAUGGUACCAUGACAAAGAGGACGACCUCAGGAGCGUGCACGUUUUGACGAAACUCGUUUUCGACGUCGGACGAGCAAGAACCGAUCUCCGCAAGUUUGCGACGUAAAACUGUCGUUUUAUAAAAAUCAGGUAUCAUUUCUGGGUAUUCGAAAAUGUAGAUGACCUCUCUGUAAUUUUCCCACAGAGACGGGUCAA